CGGCAUUGCCUGCCGGCCUCGUCGCCCAGAUCUGAGCGCCGUCUCGGGCGCCAGAUCCCACCGCCUCCGCGCCUAGCAUUUCCCCAGGACCAGGAUUCGCGCGGCGCCGUCGCCGGCGCCGGACGCCAAGUGGCGCCUCAGAAGCGGUCCCAGCGCGGCGGCGGCGGAGGUGGCGCCUCCGCCGCCGCUGCGGCCUCGUCAGCCGCCGCGGGGGACUCCGGGGACGCCGUCAUGGCGCGCUGGUUGCAGUCUGCAGGCCUGCAGCACCUUGCGGCGUCCUCGGCCGCCGGCGGGGUCGGGGCCGGCGACAUCCGCGGCGGUGGUCUCAGCGGCGUUGGCGGCAGCGGCCUUCUCCCCAGUCUUCUCAUGCAGGGGUAUGGGCCACAAUCAAUUGAGGAAAAACAGAAGCUUUAUACAUUAUUGAGGAGCCUAAAUUUUAAUGGCGAAUUAGCAUCUGCAUCUAUAUCCGAGCCCUAUACUCCAACAGGACAGAGCUUUGCUGGUGGUGCUCCUGUAGAUGGAUUUUAUUCACCUGAACUUAGAGGUGAAUUUGGGGCUGGCCUUUUGGAUCUUCAUGCAAUGGAUGACAGCGAGCUUCUUUCUGAGAGUGCUGCAUCAGAACCAUUUGAGCCUUCGCCUUUUGUGCCAAAAGAAAUGGACGACGACGACGACGAUGUAAUAACAGAAAACCAGCAAGGUCUAGUGGACAACCGGAGUAGUGCCUUCACCAACGAAAAAGAGAACACUGUGGUCGGUGCUAGAGAAAGUAAUGUAGCAAAGAUUAAAGUCGUGGUAAGGAAAAGACCUCUGAACAAAAAGGAGGUAUCUCGAAAAGAGGAAGACAUCAUAGAUGUACACAAUUCUCAAUUCUUGACUGUCCAUGAACCUAAACUAAAGGUGGAUUUGACAGCUUAUGUGGAAAAGCAUGAUUUCUGUUUUGACACUGUCUUGGACGAGAAUGUAACUAAUGAUGAGGUGUACCGUGAGACUGUGGAGCCUAUUAUACCAAUAAUUUUCCAAAGGACAAAAGCGACAUGCUUUGCCUAUGGCCAGACAGGCAGUGGGAAGACCUAUACAAUGCAACCCCUACCUCUUAGAGCUGCACAUGAUAUGGUUCGUCUUUUACAUCAACCUAUGUAUCGGAAUCAACAUUUCAAGUUGUGGCUCAGCUACUUUGAAAUUUAUGGUGGCAAACUCUUCGAUCUUCUCAGCGAAAGGAGACAACUCUUAAUGAGAGAAGAUGGAAAGAAACAGGUCUGUAUUGUUGGUUUACAGGAGUUUGAGGUUUCUGAUGUCCAGAUUGUCAAAGAAUACAUUGAGAAAGGAAAUGCUGCAAGAAGCACAGGCACAACUGGAGCCAAUGAAGAGUCAUCACGAUCUCAUGCUAUUCUGCAAUUGGCUGUGAAAAAGCAUAUCCCAGUUACUGAAACCCGGAGACAGAGAGACCGAGAUGCUAUUGAAGCAAAGAAUACAAAGCUCGUGGGGAAAAUGUCAUUUAUUGAUCUUGCUGGAAGUGAGCGUGGUGCUGAUACAACAGAUAAUGACAAACAAACAAGAAUUGAGGGUGCAGAGAUCAACAAGAGCCUUUUGGCUCUCAAGGAAUGUAUCCGGGCACUGGAUAAUGAUCAAAUACACAUUCCUUUCAGAGGAAGCAAACUAACAGAGGUGCUUCGGGACUCCUUUGUUGGAAACUCUCGAACAGUGAUGAUUUCUUGUGUUUCACCAAGUUCAGGUUCAUGUGAACACACACUGAAUACCUUAAGAUACGCCGACAGGGUUAAAAGUCUUUCAAAAGGUGGUAACACAAAAAAGGAGCAGUUUGCUGUGCAAUCUGUAUCAUCUGGCAAGGAGUCUACCUACACACCAUACCCUUUAUCAUGUGAAGCUGAAGAGACUAUGGAGCAGACCCAAGAAUUCAGGCCUGUUGAUUCUUCUAGAAAAGGUGUUGACAGUUUCACUUCAAAUUCUUCCAUGGAACCUGAGAGAAACUCCUAUAGUAUGAUUCCAAGCUAUCCACAGAGAGGAAGAGAAGAAACUAGUACUAGGGAGAGAGGGGACUUGAAAUCUAACCAGGCUGGUUUUAAUAGUAAAACACAGUCACUUCAGGAAUCAAUUAGUUCUCAAGAAGAGGUGAAAGUGACAAAAGUCUCACCACCCCGGAGAAAAGGUAACAGGGAUGAGAAAUCAGAAAGGCAGGUCAACUUCAUGAAAAAAGAAAGUGGACCUGAAAUUAGUCGGACUGUUGUUAAGCAGCAACAGCAACUUAAACAGCAGCAGCUGCAAAGACCAUCAUCAACCUCAGCAUCUCAGGUUUCAUCCAAGCAAUCUGAAAAGGAAGAUAUGGAAAUAAAUGCAAUACUUGAGGAAGAGGCGCUGAUAGCAGCUCACAGAAAGGAAAUUGAAAGUACAAUGGAGAUAGUACGGGAAGAGAUGAACCUAUUAGCAGAGGUCGAUCAGCCAGGUAGUCUUAUUGACAACUACGUGGCACAGCUAAGCUUUCUGUUGUCACGGAAGGCUUCUGGUUUGGUAAGCCUCCAGGCACGCUUGGCACGGUUUCAGCAGCGCCUUAAGGAACAGGAGAUUCUUAGCCGUCAAAAAACACUGAGAUAGUUUAAACCCAAAAAAGUUGGAAACCUUUCGGUUUGUCAUUGAUUGCGAGAAGCCACGGAUGUUAGAAAUUGUCAUUGACUGCGAGAAGGAAUAUUGUAUCAUGGCCUCCAACAUCGACUUAAAAGAAGGGAAGGCGGAUAGGAUCUCAGGGUGAUUAGGAUGGGAGAUGGAAAUGUGGGUGCAAGCAUUAUUGAUUUUGAGGUUUUAUGAAUCGAGUUUGCCAAUUUUUAUUUUCCUGAAAAAGGUGCUUGGGUGUAUUUACUAUUGGUGGCAUUGGAUUGUCAACGUUUGCCAUUUUCUUUUGCACGAAUAUAGUUGUAACCGUUGUUUGAAUGUCGGUAGUGAAGUGCUGCGGUGAGGAAAUAACCGUACCUUGCCUUGCCGCUAUAGUGUUGUAUUCUUUGUUGAUAUUUAUUUCGCAUCAACAAAAGAAAAGGCAGCAUCUGACAAAGAUCUACAGGAUUUGAUUUGUACCUUGGGGUGCCCUGUUUA